UUACUCUCUCUACCGAAUAGUAGUGCAUACCGACAAGUCCGCUACUUAAAUCUCUUGCUUCUAGGGUUCAGACGUAUACAGACAUAAGCCGGCUUGGCAAGAUUAUGGAGGCGAAGGGUCCAGUUCUCACGUCCCCGCAGUUUUGGCCGUGCUAAAUUUGGUUAUCCUGCUGCCUUAACGUACUAGUUCUUUACAAAUAUCGGGACUACCGGUGCUACAUAGAUGCUUCGGCCUUGCUUCCGACAAGUGGCUCCCCGAGUCAAUGGAUGCCUGGCAGGUCCUUAGUCAACCAUCAGCGCAGAGUUUUUGCCCGUGAACAGCACCUGAGAAGGCAUAGGUUUCACCAGCCGGAGUCAUGCAUGUCUGAGGCCCGAGGGGUUGAAGCGCUCUGAGUCUGCGACAAGCUUUCUAAUGCUCGGCUGAUUCGGCGUUUCUCGGAUAUCACUAGGCAGACAUAUUUCACUACCGUCUCGGACCCUUUCCUAUCAAUGGAUCACAUUUACACUAGUCAGCUUGGAUACCCCGGGGUCUUCUUCCCUCGUCGAGCAAGUAGGCGACUGUUCAGUGUGUUGAAGCAAUCAGCCACUUAACCAUCAAAGAUAGCAAACGCAUCCUAUUCAAAUCCCCGGGAGCAGCCUUGGCGAUAGAACUUGCAAGGAUAGUGGUGACGCUGAGAUCAUCUUCAAAGUCAGACGACCGCUCCGUGUAUGCCACCAUAAUUGAGGGUGCCUGCGAACGAGCACGGAGUACGAGACUAACGCAUCCGUGAAGGAGGAUCCCGAUGGCAGCGAUGCGGGGCCACUAUUGAACAUGUAGAUAGCUUGCGAGCACCAAUGCAAAGAUGAUAUUUGCUCAUAGCAACAACAUUCGGCAGCUUUGCGACUGACGUCGAAUGCGACCGUAAGUUCUCGAACUUCACGUCGUAAGAGAAACAUUGCCAUACAUGGCGAAUAGCAAGAUGAAGGUCUCGAUGCGAUCGGUUACCGGCAGCUAUUCGAGAAACGCAUGGGAGAGUGGACGUUGAUUUUCACCCAGAGAAUCUGGGAAACCUCAUUCGCAACGUCGUAUAACUAAACGAAUGGCCUGUUAGGCAUCCAUUUAAACGAUGCUGCUAAGGUCAUGCCGUUUCACUUUGCCGUCUUUCGCUUGCUGACAGUUCUGGGUUGCGCAGUACGGACAUCAUGGGUCCUGGGUUUUACGCAGGAGACUAUGAUGGCUGUUUCAUCGGAAGGGCUAGUCCGGAUGAAGAAUAGUCUAAUCGUGGAGAGUAAGCAUUAUCCGAAAGAUGUGUGAUGCUUGCCAUUAUCAAAUUAUUAUUGUGAAGCCUGCGAUACCCCUCUUGAUGACGGAUGUAAACAGGCAGCAGAGAUUCGAGAAUAUGAGUGAGCGGUCAAUCGGGGUGGGUAAUGGGUGGGUCCGAUAUCUGGGUCUGGUGGAUAGUUGAAAGAGCUUGUUGUAUAGGAGUCGUCGACAGAGCUCGGGAGCAAGGGAGAAUCGGAGUACGCACGCAUCGCAGAUCCUAAGCACAUCCCCAGCCGCUGAGUCAUGCACAAAAUCUGGUGCAAUGAUGGUUGCCUGCCUGCCACGUGAUAAUCGCGGGUCUGUGGCUUGGCAUUGAGGCUUUGCUUCACUCGCCACUCCCGAUUGGUUAGGCAACAGGAUUCCCUCCCACCAGCGAUAUUCUUAUUCGAACUUGUCCCUCUCUGCCGCCUGCUGCCCUCAUUUCCUCCAUCUCUCUGUCUUAAUCGCGAGCCUCAAACGAGCUGCACCCACCUGAAAUGUUCUGAAAACAACCCCCCGACCGCGCCGCAAUCGCCCGAGUCGAAUCUCGCCAUCCAGGCUCGCCAAGAUGUCCGUCCUCCCGCGCCAUGGAGGCUCAUACCUCCAGCGACGCCUCACCAAGAUGUACACCGAUACGAAAACAUCUUGUGAGAGCGUGACCACCGCUUCGAAUGCGCUCGAUAAUCCCGAACUCUCCUCGAUCCAUCGCAAUUUCAAAACACAAAGGGAUAGACUGUUGGCGUGGGGUCUAGACUGGAGCGAUGCGAGCGCCGCGCAGCCGAAUGACAUCGACGAGUCAUUGACGCAGGCAGGGUUCAGCGAUGUUGUUGAGAGCGUCAUGUCGUCAAUUCAAGACUUGUUGAGCGAGGCAGAGGGUUUGCAGAACAAAGGAGCGUCUGAUUUACCGUCCAAGGGAGGUAAAUCAGAUUCCCCCGCAGGCGAUGCGCUUGGCGGCUUGCCCUCAAAGACUACUUGGACGAACGCCGAGAUCAGUCGCUCGAAGACUCUUCUCAGCGAAUUGACGGCUUGCAUCGAUGUUCUCUAUGAUCUCUCUCGCUCUCGUCGCGAUAUGAAUGCCAGUUCGACUUCGGGCAAGAGUCGCACGCAAUCCUAUCCUUCCCCGCAUGCCGGCACCCCCGGCGGUGAUUCUGGCUACUCGAAGCUUUCGGAUUCCAAAUCAUACCAUGCGGCGUCCUUCGAUAGUUCGAUGUAUCAAAGUUCCCCCUCGUCAAAGUCGAAGGAGGCCUACGACUACUCUUCUUACACGAAUCUCCACGCGGUCACCGAAUCCCCAGUUCUCGAGCAGCCCACUUUUGCAAAAAAAUUCAGCAAAGACUCGGUCGCAUCAAGGAGCUUCUUGAUAGACCGCUCGGCGCUGCAACUUACCGGUGCUUCUCACGACAACAAUCCGCCGCCGUAUGAAAUGGUCGCGGCUUCCACCAACUCUCGAGUCCUCGGCCGCAUGAAGACUUCAGCCCUACCUUUCCCUCACAACAUCCGAGACCCUACAGUCAGCAUUUUGGUCGAAUAUACUCCGAUGGUGCUGGACUCGUCCUCCGAUGUCUCUUAUCCCAAAGAUUCGCGGUUGGACAACGUGCAUCAGUCCCUUGAGCAGCUGGUUCAGAACGCCAGGGUAUCCCACCUUGGUCUACUAAGGUUCCUUGGAUAUUAUAUCGACCGCCCAAACUCCCGAUACGCUUUCGUCUACCAAAUGCCCGUUGACUACUUUCCAUACCUCCAGAACCCAACCGACCUUCUCAACGGGUUGAAGCCAAAGCCUCUCGUCUCGCUUCUCCAGUCCGGAGAGGAUUACCCGCAACCCAAUCUAGAGACGCGGUUCCGCCUCGCUUAUGAUCUUCUCAUGGCUGUUCUGCAACUGCGAAGUCAAAACUUGGUGCACGGAAACAUUAACAGUAGCAAUGUUCUCAUCCUCCCCGGACUCACAAGCUCGAAUCAGAACGAGAUUGGACUGACCGAGAAUCUCCGGCGUCCUUACCUUACAUCCUUUGCUCAAUUCUCUGGGAACAAUCCUUCCCCAGAGCCUCUUUCUGCCGGGAUGUACCGUCACCCCGACGACAAGAGGUCCAUCGAUGAUGAUGCUGCCUGGGCUUACGAUCUCUACUCGCUUGGCUUGGUCUUAAUGGAGAUUGGUCUGUGGACACCAGUCAGCCGCCUUUGGAAGAUGAAGUACAACACCUCUAUCUUCAAGCAAAGAGUCGAAAGUCAGUACCUGCAAAAGCUUGGCCCCAAGUGCGGUACUGCCUUCUGUCAUAUGGUCCAGCUCUGCCUUGAUGCGCCUAAUUUCCAUCUCUCCACUCAGCCUUUCGAUGACUUCAAUCUUCGAAUUCCGCAGACUUUCCACUAUCCGGUUCUGGAUCUCUCAGCUCCAGACAGCACCUUUUCUUUUUCGAUGAACUUCAUCUACACUCUGUGCAAGAUUACUUGGUCUUGCUGCAAGAUUGACAUCUUCAAUGCUCCUGGCGCUGAGGAAUUGGACGACUGUUUGCCUCUCGCCCUUGUUCCAGGGUCAGAAGCAGAUGCCGCAAAGCAAGCAGCUAGGAAUUACACUGCGCCUGAACAAGUCACGCAGUUCGUACCGCCAGUGAAUGUGGCUCCGGCUCCAGAGAUGAAAAUGAUGAAGCUUGGCAUUGAGGAGCGGAAAAUGAAGAAGCGCACGUUCAAAAAGCUUACUACAGUUGAGAUUCCGCAGGAGCAUCUCAACGAGUGGAAUUUCCAGAUGCUACCUCGAUUGAGGAAGCUGCUCCAGAAAAUCCUGAAAGACUCUUCCGAGUCAUGCGGUGUCACGCUGAUGAUGACUGGCGACGGGCUAGACAACGCCAAGACGACGAUCUGUGUCACUUGUAGUAGCGUGAAGAAGGUUAGGGCAGCCCUAAAGAAGUAUUUCCCGCUUGAACGGGAGGACUGGGAUUUGAUUGUGCUCCGUGGAGACAUUGAACGGUCAAAGGUCCCGCGCAAGAAGCGUCGUCGACCGGCGAAGACUGGGCCACAGAGCACAAUUGAAGCUCCUCCUUCUAUGCAGGACUCAAACCCUUGCUAUCAGCAACAUCCGCUUUGUGGUGCCUCCAUCGGCGCCUUCAUGAACGAUGAACACCUUCCUCCUGUCUCCUACGGCGGUGCCAUCCUGGUAGAUGGCGUGCCGUACGGUAUGACAGUUCACCACAUGCUCGAGGCGCCCAGUGACCAAGAAGACGACUACCAGGAUGAAGACGAGAACAACGCCCCCACCCGUUCUGCCGCAAACUGGCCACGCGAUAUGAUCUCCCAAGAGCCGCAGCCCAUGUACACAUGGUGCGACGAGGAUCCAUCAGGCCGCGAUCUGGAGUUCGAGAUCUCCGACGACGAAGACGGAGACGAUUACUACGACGAAUUCGGCCUUUCUGACGGCUACUCCUCUGAUGAGGAUGACGACGAAUUCGCUUACGACGAUGAAGACGCAGCCUCGAUUGGUGACACCGCUGGAAUCGAACCGGGUGAGGAACCGCCCCUCUUCGUGACCCAGCCCGCAAUCGACGACGUCCGCGAAGACUUCUUCCCCUCUCCCGAAGAUCGUGACGACGAGCACCUCGCCUCUCAUGCUUUCGGCUACGUUCACGCAUCGUCGGGCGUUCGCCGGUGGACCCGCAAAGGUCUCAGGCAUGAAAUUGACUGGGCCCUGAUUAAAAUCAACCACGACCGCAUGGACGCUCGCAAUAUCGUCUACGACAAGCCAUCCCUCGCUACACUCUCGAUUACAAGACGAGGUGUCCGAGGUGCGCCUAUUCCACCGCCUCCACGAGAGCCAAUUCACCUCACUGACGUCGCCCGACUCGAAGACCUCGGAGGUUUGAAUGUCCACUGCUGUGGCCGCACCAGUGGGUUGCAAACCGGACAAAUCUCCAAGGCAAUGACCAUUGUCAAGCUGCAUGGCCGGCACACCUUCUCAACAAGCUUUGGGGUGGACGGGAACUUUGGAGUCCCCGGCGACUCCGGCGCAUGGGUCUUCGAGAAAUCCACCGGCCGCGUCUGCGGCGCAGUCUUAGCAUGGUCUGAAAAGAGCCGCACGGCCUACAUCGCCCCAAUGGAAGUCCUCCUCGAUGAUAUCGCUCGCACCCUCCACGCUACACACAUCACUCUCCCCGGCUCUCCCAAUGAAUCGGCCGGUUAUGCCAUGCCGUACCCUCAGGCCCCGAUGCCUCAGAACCCGCGAUACGCGGCUCCGCUUCCCUUGCCGGAUCAGUUACCCGUCGAUUUCAACAGGCAGCUGCGCCUUGAUGACCAGAGCGCUAGCCCUGUGAACACGAGUCGCGGGCUCCGGGAUCCGUAUAGGAAUCUACCCCCGAUUCUCACCCCGGGCCCGGGGAGAAGUCUUGAGAGGCAGCUCGCUUAGCCUUCUAUCCCUCCUUCUUAACCUUCCUUCUCUUACCUUCCGUUCCGUCUUUCCCCUACAUCCUUCCUUCUACCUUUUUCACUUCUUUGUAUAUACUUUUCCCAUGACCUGAGCGUGUCUUUUGAUCCCGAUCCUUAUCCCCCUUUGUCCUCCCUCUUCCUCUCCCUCUUUCUCGAUACGACUAUACCAACCAUCCACAUCUCUCAUGUCAUGACUCGCUUGCAUUGCACAGAAUACCCCCACUGCUUGUAUGCAGAUUUGAUUCAGAGCAAAUAACGAAUAACUAAAUGAAAUCGAUACCAAAAGUCUUAUCAUCCAU